AUGGAUGAUUUGGCUCAGUCUUGGAAUAAGCUCACUCUAUCGGAUAGAGAGGGACCGGGCUGCUGCCUACUUGAUGAUGACAGAAGUCAGAAAUUUGCUAUUGCUGCCAAGUUUUUGACUAGGCGAGCAAUCAAUAUGGAGGUCAUAGCAAAGACGUUUAACCCGCUAUGGAGAGUCAAGAAUGGGUUCAAGAUUCAGGGCUUUGGAGACCAUAAAGUUCUAUUUUUCUUUGACAACAUGGAAGAGGUGGAUAGAAUUUUAGAAGGUGAGCCAUGGACGUUUGAUAAACAUCUAGUGGUCAUGAAUCGAUACGAGAAUGAAUCCUCUCUUCAAGAUAUAAAAUUUGAGAAGACGAAACUGUGGGUUCAACUCCAUGGGCUUCCGAUUAAGUAUAUGACAAUAGAGGCGGCGAAGAAAAUUGGCAGCGUCUUGGGGGAGGUUGACGUGCCAAUGAACCCAAAAUUUUUUGAUGGAGGUCUUUUUGUUCGUAUUCAGGCGUCCAUUGAUUUGUCACUACCUCUGUGCCGUGGAAGAUUAGUAUCUAUAGGUGAAGGAGGGAAGCAAGUAUGGAUAGAGUUCAAGUACGAAAGACUGCCUAACAUAUGCUAUUGGUGUGGGAGACUUACUCAUGAUGAUCGAGAUUGUGAUCUGUGGAUUGAUAGUGAGGGUACACUCAAACCUGAACAACGUGAGUUUGGGCCAUACUUGCGAGCACUGCCCUUUGUCCCUGCUAGACGUAAUGCUAUCACGGUCCCUGGGUUCUAUGCAGCGAAGAAGAAGGUCAGAUCAGGUACACCGGAGGCAAGUAAUUCAGGCCAGAACUCCGAUUCAGGCAGCAGAGGUGUAACGGAUCAGAUACCAGAGGUAACGGGCAGCAAUAAUGGGGGCAUUAAUGAGGGAAUUGAAGAUGAGGACGUGGUGGUUUUAAGGCGUAAUGAAGGAGACACAGUUAUGAGGAGAGAUACGGUGGACCACAACAAGUUAAAGGAUGAGAUUAUUGGAGUAUUUACUCCCCCUAAGGAAACUGAAACUGAGGAAGUGGCGUGUAAUGAGGAGUUAUGUCUGGCAGCAGAGUUUGGGGCGGCUAAGUUAGUGGAUUCAAGCAGGAAAGCUCACAACAAAAACCCUAUUUCGAAUGGACUCUCUAACCCUAGUGCACGUGAUAAUUCAAGUGGCACUCCCUCACUUAAACUGUCACGUGAUGCUACUGAUAUUGAUGUUCACAAUCUUCAAUCUCCAAGGGCAGCACGUACUUGGACACGUAGAGAAAGACCUAAGCAUAAGAGUAACACGGCAGCACAAGUCAAGGUGCAAGGAAAAAAAAGAAUGGCGGCAUCUGAGGUAUCCCUUAUGACAGGUUCAUCAAAAAGUCUCCAAGUAGUUGUCAAUGAUGAUGAAAAAUUCUUUGUAGUGGCGGGAGCUGAUGGUCAGCCCCGCCAAGGGCAAUGA